AUUUUUGGGUUUUUUUUUUUAAAUUGGAAAAAAAAUUUUGUUACUACUUUUUAUCUGUUAUAAAAUAUGUCAUAUAUAAAAGCAACACUCAAAAGCGCAAAAGAGGCAAUAACCGCUAAAAAAUGGGAAGACGCAAUAAAAGAAUGCGAAAAAGUACUCCAAUAUGAAAAUAAUAACUAUAAUGCGUUUGUAUUUCUUGGUGUUGCGAAAUCAAAUUUGACUCGAAUUUCUGAAAGUGAACAAGCAUAUUUACGUGCAAUCGAUAUAGAAUAUUCUAAUCCGCUUGCUUGGCAGGGUCUCGCAAAGUUGUAUGAAACUCAAAAUAAUUGGCCAAAAUUAGCAGAUACUUACCAAGAAAUAUUGAUUAGAGAAAAAGAACCAAAGAAAAUAUUGGAUAAUAUCAAUAAAUUGGUUAAUUUGUAUACAGAGAAAUUGAAAGAUCGGAAAUUACUUAUUUCUGUUCUUAAAUACCUUUUACCAGAAAGUUCAUAUUAUGAUACUAUUAAGCACUUGGAUGAUUUUCCGAAACCUACACGAACAUUAUUGAAAAUAAUUGAAUUAAUAGACAAGGAUGAAUCUGAGACUAUUAAAUCAGAAGUUGAAACAAGAAGGAAACGAAUUAAUGCUGGUUCUUCUGCUUCCGAGAUCAAAACACGAGUGCUUAAGGAAGUUUAUGCUUAUUCUGAGCUGGAAAUAUAUUAUGAUAAACUGUUUGAAUUAAAUGAUAAGUCGAAUGAUCCUAACGUGGAUGUUAAUACCUUAUCAGUGAAUUAUAUCAAAUAUCUACAAAAGAAAAUUAUUGCAGUGUCUGAUAAACAGAAGUUACUAGAGAAACUAUAUAAGAAGUCUCAACAACUUAUUGAUCUCGAAAGUACUACUCCUACACCUUACGAAAUAAUUAUUGAAAGCACAGAUGCAUCUUCUGCAGACGAAUAUGAUUUAACUUUAUUAAAAAAAUAUUCUGAAAAAUUUCCCGAUACUGGAAUAUCAAAGAUGAUUCAAGGCUAUUUUAAAUAUUUACAACAGGAGUUAUCUGAGGCACUUAGUCUAUAUAGUGAAGGAUUUGAAAUUUCAACAAGUAGCUUAUUUGGUCAUCUUUCAUUAGGCUGGAUUUAUCAUGAUGCUAAAGAUUAUGACCAAGCUUUAGACAUUGCAAGAAAUGGACGUGAUAUAGUUUUAAAAUACGAUAAAAGAUUUGGGAGAAUGCUUAAUAGGGUUUUGCUAUCGUUAGAAUUGUGUAUAGCGGAUUGCUAUUUAAAUAUUGAUGUCAAAUAUCAUACUGACGCAUUAUCACUUUAUCAAAAAAUUUUAUCGGAUGACGAGAAUAAUAUUUUAGCUUUACAGGGUGUUGGUAUAAUAUUAUCUUCACAAAAGCAGUAUAAUAAAGCUAUUGAAAUUUUUGAAAAAAUUCUAAAAUUGGAUCCUUCUAAUCAUAUUGCUGUUAAUGAAAUUGGAUGGAUAGAAUUUUUACGGGAAAAUUAUGAAGAAGCAAUUAAAUUAAUUUUGGAAGCAAUUAAAAUGUGUAAUGAUAAUGCACUUUACUAUUAUCGUUUGGGGCGAAUAUAUUGGGCUAUGAGCGGUGAUGAUUAUAGUGAUAAGAAAAUUGCUUAUGCAGAGUUUAUUCGUUCUGCAAAACUUGAUCAAGGUCUUGCAGGUCCAUUUACUUACCUUGGACACUAUUAUCGUCUCGUUGAUAAAGAUCAUGUUCGCGCAAAGAAAUGUUAUCAAAAAGCAUUUUCUAAUGAUUCACUUGAUGAAGAAGCGGGCUCACAAUUAAGCGAAUAUUAUCAAUCAGAUGGAGAAGUUCAAUUGGCUGAAGGAGUAUAUCGUGCAGCAAUUCAAGCAAGCUUUAAGGCCGGAUGGGCUUGGAAAAGAUUAGGAUUUUCAGAAUUGGCGAAUGGAAAUUAUUCGAAUGCAAUCAUUAAUUUUCAAACUGCUUUAAGAACAAAUUCUAAAGAUAUAGAUUGCUGGGAAGGUCUUGCACAGGCUUAUCGUAAUGAAGGGAAAUAUAUGGCUUCUAUGAAGGCCUUUUUGCGUGUAACCGAAUUGGAUCCAUCCUCAGUAUACGCACAUUAUCAAAUUGCUACAGUAAAACAAAAAUUAGGCAUAUAUGUUGAGGCAAUUGAACAAUAUAAAUUAACUCUUGAAAAAGCUCAAAUUAAAGGUGAAGAGAAUCAUAUUCCUUCACUUAAAGGUCUUGGUGAUUGUUACUUAGCUUUAACAAUGGAAUAUUAUCAAAGUGGAUAUUAUGGUAGUGCAGUAGAAUCAUUAGGUCAUGGUCUAUCAAUAACGUUACGUGCAAUAAGAGCAAACAGCAAAGUUCAAUGUCUUUGGAAAUUGGUCGGUGAUCUUUGUGUUACAGCACCAUUAUUACCAAAUUAUCUAAAUCUAGUAUCAAUGGAACCAAUUGUAAAUCUUGUUGAAAUAGCGAGACAAGUAGAUUUAGAUCUUAAAUUACAUUUACCUAAAGAUAUUGAUAGUCUGGGAAUUAAAUUAAUAACAGAUUCUGAUUUCAGCAAUUUCCGAAAUGCUGAUUUACUCGUAAUAAUAUUAACUUGUGGUUGUCUUGCUUACAAAUAUACUAUUGUUUUAAGUGGAAAUCAAUCCAACACCGCCCCAGCUUUGUGGUAUGACUUAGGAGUGAAUUAUUAUCAUUUAUAUCAAUAUUUAUCGAGUGAUGGAAAUGAUGUCGAAAAUAAUCAUGAAUACAUAUCAAGUCUUUUGACUGUUGCGAUACGUAAUAUUAAGAUUGCGUUAAAAUUUGAACCAACAAAUCAUAAUUAUUGGAACGCACUUGGAGUUAUGACUUUUAUUGAAGAUGCAAAAAUUAGUCAACACGCUUUUAUUAAGGCAAUGGAUUAUUCUCCAAAGAAUCCUGUUCUUUGGACAAAUUUGGGAUUAUUAUAUUUAUUACAUUCUGAUUUGGAACUUUCAAAUCAAGCAUUUUCAAAAGCUCAAUCUCUUGAUCCUGAUUAUGUACCUGCGUGGGUUGGACAAGCUUAUGUUGCUAAUUUAUGGGGAAGCAACGAAGCAGUUGGAUUAUUUGAACAUUCUUAUGAAAUCAGCGGAGGAGGUUAUAUCCUUGAAGCAGAUUACGGAUUUGCAUCUCAAGCAUUUAUUAGAUUUAAAAAAUCAUCCAAAUUACGUCGAUCAUCACUUUUAUCUCCAGCUUUUGCAUUAUUGAAACUUACUGAACAAAAACCUGAUGACGCAGCAUCAUUAAAUCUUUUGGGAUUACUUUAUGAAUGGCUUAAUCAACCCGAUAAAGCAGCAGAUGCAUUUAAGGGUGCAAUAUUGGCACUUGAAAAAUUAAUUCAACGUGAUGAACAGAAAAGUCUAGUUGAUGAGGAUCAAGUGCCUAAUUUUAGAAAACUUGCAUAUGUACAAGGAAAUCUUGGUCGAGUAUUAUGCGAAAUUCAUGAUUUUUCCGGUUCAAUUUCAGCAUAUAAUACAGCAUUAUCUUUGAUUGAACAAGAUAAUCCGAAUGUUACCGGGGUGUUUAAAAUUUAUUCUAUAUUAGGAGCUGGUAUGGCUUAUUAUUUUGAUAAUCAAUUAGAAAAUUCUCUACAAAUGUUUGAAACAGCUCUUAAUGAAACUGAUAAUGCCGAACAAGCAAAUACUGAGGCUGGUAUUAAUGAAGUACGAAAGGAUGUGGUAGUGUUAUUAUCACAAGUACUUUGGGCUUUGGGUGGUGUAGAGCAGAGAAAUUUGGCAAAAGAAGAAUUAUUUAAAUGUAUCGCACAAAACCCGAAUUAUCUCCCUGCUAUUUUUGGAUUAUGCGCUAUGGGUUUAUUACAAGAUGAUGAUACUUUAUCAACUGCCGCUUUAAGAGAGAUGGUGAAAUUACCUAUUAAACUUAUUGAUAAGUUGGAUAAAGAACAUGACAUCGAUUUCUUAACUAGUAGAUAUUUCUUAUUACAGAAUUCUCCUGAAAAUGCUACAGAUACACUUACAAAAGCGGUGCAUCUUAAACCAUUUGAUUUAAUUGGAUGGACUCGUCUCGCCGAACAUCUCACAUCAAUUGCAUCACCAUUUACAUCAGUUUCGACUUCUUCUACAGCAUUUGCGUUAAUAACAAAUCCCUUAUCAAAUGCUUCAAAAAAUUUAAGUACUAUUGAAAAAGCUAAAGUAUAUCGAACCUAUGUUACAGCAUUAUUAAUUACUAGAGAACAUUUACGGGAUGAAAUAAUUGCAAAUGAAGAAAAUCAAAACGAAAAUAAUGAAAAAGCUGAAAAGAUUAAAGUAGAGAAAAUGAAAUUAUGUGAGAAAUUUAGAUUACAAGCUUUACAUAUUAUACAAGAAGCUAUUAGAAUUGCACCAUGGGAUGCAGUUGGAUGGUCGUUACUUAAAGUAGCUCGUAGAGAAUAAUUAUUUAUUUUAAAUGACUUUUUUGUGUAAAAUGUAAGUUGUAAAUAUUCACAUAUAUUAUGAUUUACAAUAAAUCAUAAUCACACGAAAAGAUAAUUUAAUUUCUCCCGAAAAGCAAGUUCCAUAUAUGUAAAAUGUUUUUCUUGUAGUUUAUUAUUUAAUAUAAUAAAUUUUAAUUACAAUUAAAAU